AUGAUCAAUCUAUUCCUCAACGGGGGAAUAAGGAGCUGGAUGUGUUCUGAUGCGCUGGAUCUGACGACAAUAGACGGGGUACCAUAUUGUCUGGAACAAAAAGACAAUAUAAAGUCCCUGUACUCAAUAAUGUCAGGAUGCGAGCUCGUGGGGUCUAUGGUGGCUGGCUUGCUGAUGGAUUAUAUUGGUCCCCAGAUUACCGCUGGUUUCGGCAUAGCAAUGCAAGUAUUGGCGAUAGUACUGUAUAUAAUGGACUCAGCGGACACACCGACACUGGCGGCCGGGAUGGUAAUCGGAGGACUGGCAAUCAACUGCGUGGCCAAUCCUUCGUUUGUUCUCAGCUGGGAUUUCCCGAACAACGCGUCGCUAUGCGCUUCAUUGACGAUUGCUGCUCAGUCGCUGGCUUCCGGUGUACUGCCGGUCUUGGGCGCCGUCUGGGGCAUGACCAACAUGAGUUUUGCGGGAAUUUGGCUAUCGUACAUGAUCUGUAUUAUACCAGUCGGAUUGCUAUACAUAGCAGCAUUGCCCUCGAGCACCACAAAGGCCAUGGAUGAAGACCCCCCCAAGCCUUCCAGAAUCGAUGUCAGGGCAGAAGAAGACGUGGAACUUAUAUCUCCCAGUCCCGCUCCGAAUAACGAGAACACCCAGCCUUCUCGGCGGCGUUCCAGCAACGCGAUAGACGCGUUCCAAAAGGCGGACUCUGUUGAGGACGCUCUUAACCAAAUGGGAGAGGAAUGUCACGAAGCUCUACAAGCUAUCAUUAGUCCAGAAUAUAUAGUUCUGAAUCUCAUUAAUCUCGGUGCACUUGUGAUGGUUGCCUUCUUCAACCUCAACACGGAUGACCUGCUGGGUCCCAAGGCCGCGCGGUUCGUUGCUACCUGGAUGCCCUUGCAAGCUGUAUACGCUCUUCUCUGGGGUGCUAUAUGCGAUGUGACCACCACGCCGCCAAUCAUGUUGCUCCACUUCGCUGCGUACGCCUUGAUAUACCUUCUUACCUUGGUCACGUCGCCCGUCGUGCAGUAUUUGACAGCAAACCUGUUCUUGAUGUUCCUGCCAUUCACGUAUGCCAUGAAAUACACUCAAAUGAUAGCAACAUGGCCUUCUCAUAUCCACGGCGUCCUCUUCGGCGUCUGCGGUGCCGUGUCAGGUAGCAUGGCCGGAAUACUGACGCUCAUGUCCAAGAUGGGACACCCAACCUCUCUAGCACGCAUUUUGCCGUUCGUGAGUAUAGCUCAUUUCCUUCCCGUUGCAUGGCUCUGGAUGAGGUCGGCCAAAGCGGCCAAAGUCGCCUAG